AUGCUGCAGCGUUCAUUCCUGCGGUGUAUUUGGCUAGGUGGCACGGCGUCUAUUCCAGCACUUGGCCAUGACGCGCGUCCUUCUACCGGAAAAUACAUCAAUGUUAUCCCACCUACGGAUAUUGCGAGGAGCAUCGCCGCUGGAUCAUUGCCGCCAGAAGCGAACGUGGCGGCUGUGCGACCGGUGCCGGGUAAACACUACAGCAAAUGGAAUCGGGUAUUGCGUAGUGAAAUUUAUGAUGAGUUAUUGAAGCUCCCGUUACGUUACAAACUCCACGACUUUUCCAAGCUAUGUCCGCCAUCAUCAUCGUCAUCGACAUUGCAGGAGCCGCAGUUUCAGAAUGUAGGGGUAGUUGGCAAGGGCUCUGUCGUGAAUUACAAUCCGCCGCUUGGCCCGGCAGACCCACUUGACACGAUUCCUUUCUUUGUUCACCGCAAUAGCAAUGGCUUCUUACCGGGGAGGGUGUAUUCAAUGGAUGCACGCAAUCUCAUGCCGGCGUUCUUUUUGCGCAUCCAACAGGUGGAGGGUGAUGUGUUCCGUUUUGAGGAGGAGUUACUGAAGAUAUUUCCGACCAAGAAGAUUUUUGUGCGCAGUCACAGCAUCUACGUCUACAACGUGGGGAUGGACGGUCGGAUGAUUCUACAUCAUUGGCUUCUCGGUCUGGGCUUUUGA